AUGUCGGUCCUCCUCGAGACCAGCGUCGGCGACAUUGUGAUUGACCUUUUGGUCGAUUACGCGCCCAAGAUGUGCGAAAACUUCCUCAAACUCUGCAAGGUCAAAUACUACAACUUCUCGCCCGUCCACUCCAUACAAAAGUCCUUCUCCUUCCAAACCGGCGACCCUCUCGGCCCCUUAUCCUCCGAAUCCGAUGGCGGCCAGUCAAUCUGGGGUCUCCUCUCCGGUGACCCCUCCGAAAAGACCUUCCCAGCUCUCUUCCACCCCAAACUCAAACACCUCGAGCGCGGCACCGUCAGCAUGGCCACAGUGCCCCACCCUUCCGACCCCGACGCCCGCCUCGCCGGCUCCCAAUUCAUCGUAACCCUCGGCGACAACACCGACUACCUCGACGGCAAAGCCGCCAUCUUCGGCAAAGUAGUCGAAGGCUUCGACGUCCUCGAGAAAAUCAACGACGCCAUCGUCGACGAGCGCGGCCACCCCCUAGUCGACAUCCGCAUCAAACACACCGUCAUCCUCGACGACCCGUACCCGGACCCAUCCGGCAUGCGCGAGCCCAGCUCCUCACCACCACCUUCAAAGGCGCAACUAGCCACCGUCCGCAUCGCCGAAGGCGAAGAGCUCCUCGACGUCGAAGCCAGCGAGGAAGCCGCCGCCGAAGCUGAACGUAAACGUCGCGAGCGUGAAGCCGCCGCACAAGCACUUACGCUGGAAAUGAUGGGCGACCUACCCUUUGCCGAAGUCAAGCCGCCGGAGAACGUGCUGUUCGUGUGCAAGCUGAAUCCCGUGACAACAGACGAAGAUCUGGAGCUGAUUUUCAGCCGGUUCGGCAAGAUCUUGAGCUGCGAGGUGAUCAGGGAUGCCAAGACGGGGGAUAGUUUGCAGUAUGCGUUUAUCGAGUUUGAAGACAAGAAGAGCUGCGAGGAGGCGUACUACAAGAUGGACUCGGUGCUUAUUGAUGAUCGGCGGAUUCAUGUGGAUUUCAGCCAGAGCGUUAGUAAGUUGAGUGAUGUGUGGCGGUCGGAGACGAAUACGAAGAGGAAGAGUGCGGCGAGGGGAGGAGGAGGAGGAGGAAGGGGUGGAUGGGGUGGUGUCGAUGAGUUGGAGAAGUGGAGGAAGUAUAGGGAUGAAGAGGUUGAGUGGCGGAAUGAUGAGAGUUAUCAGAUGGUGCAUGGUGUGGAGGACUUGAAGGGGAGGCCAAGGCAAGAUGGUGAUAAGCCUCCUGCUAGACCAGACGUUGGUGGUCGUGACAGGUCAAGGUCAAGGUCUAGGGAUCGUGAUCGUGAUCGUGAUCGCAGACGCAGUAGGAGUCCUCCUCGAAGGGACAACCGUGACCGUCCUCGGGACGACCGUGACAGACGGCCGGGGCCAAGAGAUGCUGACCACCGCCGCCGAGAUGAUCGAGACUCGGACCGCAGAGGAGACAGACGCGACCGUAGUCGUAGUCGUGACCGACACCGCGACCGCGACCGAGACUACAAUGACAGGGACCGCAGAGACAGAGGUGGUAGAGGUGGUCGCGAUGACUAUAGGAGGAGGUAG